GGAGUCGGAAGAGGACAGUCGAGGUCUGGGCCGUGCCCAUUUACUCCCUAGCAUGCGUUUAUCUCAUUAUUAGACGCCGCAUCCCAAUACCUCGACUUCAAAGCCCGCGCACUCUAGCGGGUUCCCUCCGAACAACCCGCCAAACUCAGCGCUGAGACGGCAGCGCCGAGGUCUCAUCGGGCAGCACCCUGGGAGGGUCAUCCGUGUCGCUCCUUCCCGGUCAUCUCCAGUCAGUGGUACUAGUACGGAUUAUACUAAAGGCUUAGGAGGUACCUCAGGAACGGCCUUUUUGGCUCGUAGCGCCCUCAAGCCAUGGACGACAAAGCGGCCGAGGUUCAGGCCCUCGUUAGAACCAUCCAGGUGCCCGCAAUCUCAAAGGCCACCCUGCAGUCCAUCUGCGCCGUGAAUGGCAUUCCCAAGACGGGAAACAAGAGCGAACUCCAAAGACGCAUAAUCGAGCAAAUAAAUUCCUGCAGUGACAGGCGAGACUGGGCGCGACUGCACGAGAUUCGCGAGAGCAUUGUGAAUCGGGCGCCGAUAUUUGUGACUCCGGCCCUUGUCUCUCAGACUCAGAAUCAACCGCAGUCGCAUUCGCGACCUCAUUCACAAUCUCCACUGUCGCACUUACAGCUCCGGUCACAGCCACCAUCGCACUCGUCGUACUACCAGGCCGCGCCGCCACCAACGGCUACCGCCUCUGCCAUGGGCUCAUACAGUCAACCCGGUUACGGCGCAUUCGAUGGGUUGCUUGCCCAACAUCCUCCUCCACCUCCGUACCAACAACCCCCAAACGGAUCAACAGGCGGCCGCAUGCGCCCGAACGCCGGGCUGGUCCCGCCGACCAUCGCCUACAAGCCGAGCCCAUUUUACGAACUCAAGUACCAAGUGGGCGAUGUUAGAACGCUUGAGAUAAUGACGGCGCAUCGCAACUCGGAGCGCAUCUCCGUCAAGGUACAGGACCACCCCGCGCUCCAGUUGUGCCUGACGGACCCGUCCAUGCGCGUCAUGGUCAUGUGCACGGCGGGCAACGUCGGCCCCCAGGACAUUGCGUUCCCGUACCAGUGCGAGCUCAAGGUGAAUGGCGGCGACAUCAAGGCGAACCUGCGGGGCCUGAAGAACAAACCUGGGUCUACUAGACCGGUUGACAUCACGGACGCGCUGCGCUUUAGGCCGGCAAGCUAUCCCAACAAUGUUGAGCUCACCUAUGCACUGACUCAGAAGAAAUUCUACCUGGCCUUGGUCGUCUGCAAGGCCAUCUCCAUCGAGACGCUCGUCUCGCAAAUCCAAAAGAAGAUUCGCAAGGAGUCGGUCAUUGCCGAGAUCACCAAGAGCGCCGGCGACCCGGACGUGAUCGCAACAUCGCAGAACUUGAGCCUCAAGUGUCCGCUGUCAUACAUGAGGCUCAAACUGCCGUGCCGCGGAAUCAGCUGUAAUCACAUCCAGUGUUUCGACGCGACGUCAUACCUGCAGCUGCAGGAGCAAGGCCCACAAUGGCUGUGUCCCAUUUGCAACAAGCCUGCGCCGUUUGAGCAGCUGGCCAUCGACGAAUACGCGCGACAGAUUCUGACCCAAACUCCCGAGUCUGUUGAGCAGGUCACGAUCGAGCCGAACGGCGAAUGGGCGGUGCCAGGAGCUAAGAAGGAGGUAACGCCGGACCACGAAACUAGCUACCUUGACGACGACGACGUCGUGGUCUCCGAGGAGGUCACCAAGACUGCAAGGAGGGCUUCGACCGGCCCUUCACAGGCUGCGGCACCUACGCCGCACCUAGCAACACCAACCAGCGUAGCGUCCAGAGACGCGUCCGCGGCCCCGAGAUCGUCCAACAAGCGGCCGGCUCCCGAGGUGAUCGACCUGACCUUGUCGGAUGACGACGAGCCGCCGCGACCUGUGAAGCGUCCAAAUCAAGGCUUUGGGUUGCCGUCCGGGGGUAGUUAGAGACGAAAUUCCUCGAAGAAAACCCGGCGCUAAGGUUUGGGGUUCCCCUACACCCUUGGAGUCAAAAACGAAUUUCUCUCUGCGAUUCUGGUUUCUUGGUUCUUUUUUUUCUGUGCCAUAUUCCCAGUAUUUUGCGCUUGCGGUGGGGUGGCUGGCAUCGGUAGGCGUUUGGAGGAAACUGUCAAGGUAAAUAAGGUUGUUGUGAGGCCAAAAAAGACUUGGUUGACGGAGUUCAUGGAUCAGCAGCAUCUGGAUCAAGGGGAGGAGGAAUGGUUUUGUCCUGGCUGCUUUCAGGGACAGGAUUAGAUACCAGGGCUUUGAUCUAUCCACGUUAGCAGUGUGCUGGACUGCAUUUAAUUCUUGCAAUGGG